AUGUCAAGGGAAGGAAGCUCAGAGGAUGGUGGUGGUGGAGGGAUCUCGAUGCGCAUGGAGGUGCUGUGGUGGGUGUUGAUAAUUCCGGUGGUAGAAUUUGGGAGGGAAGAGGAAUUGUUAGCGGUGUUUUCUUCGAUAAUUUCGUUGGUAGAAGUGUCAAGGGAAGAAAGCUCAGAGGAUGGUAGUGGUGGAGGGGUCUCGAUGGGCAUGGUGGUGUUGUGGUGGGUGUCGAUAAUUCCGGUGGUAGAAUUAGGGAGGGAAGAGGAAUGGUUAGCGGUGUUUUCUUCGAUAAUUUCGUUGGUAGAAGUGUCAAGGGAAGAAAGCUCAGAGGAUGGUGGUGGUGGAGGAGGGGUCUCGACGGACAGAAGCUCGGAGGUAGGUGGUGGUGGUGGAGCGGUCUCGGUGGACAUGGUGUUGGUGGAGAUGUUUUCUUCAAUAAUUCCGUUGGUGGAGGUGUCUAGGGAAGGAAGCACAGAGGACGAAGAUGGUGGUGGAGGCGUCUCGGUGGACAGAAGCUCAGAGGGUGGAGGUGGAAUCUGGGAGGGCAUGGUGUUGUUGGUUGCGUUUUCUUCGAUAAUUCCGUUGGUAGAAGCUGUGAGGGUUUCAUCAUCAGUGUUUUGGGAAGAGUUAUUAUGGGUGCUCAUCUCGGUAAUUACCUCAGAGGAUGGUUGCUCAAAGGACGGCGGUUGUGGAAGGGUGUCGAUUGACCUGGCGUUGUUGGGAUUGUUUUAUUCUGUAGCUCCGUUAAUGGAAGGCAGCUCGGAGGAUGAAGGUGGCUCAGAGGAGGCUGGUGGUAGUGGAGGGGUCUCGAUGGGCAUGGUGUUGUUUGGGGUGUUUUCUUCCACAAUUUUGUCGGCAGAAGUUUUGGAAAAUAACGGUGGUGGAGCUACAGAAGAUGGUGGUGGUGGUGGCGGUGGCGGUGGCGGUGGCGGCGGAGGGGCAGAAACGCAACCAAGUCAACUAUGGGUCAUAGGAUUUUUCCUGCACAGUAUAAGCAAGUGA